CCAGCAAGCCGCCUCCUCCCUUGCAUCCUAUCCCGACAGCCUAGGCCCAGAAGAAAGGCCGCCGGCGAGCCACCAAACUCCGGCGAAGCAAGAGGAUGGAGGUCGUCCAUCCCAUGCAUCCAGCCAUGGGCUCCUCCCAUUUCGACUCCAGCGCAUGCUCUUCCCCUUUCACCACCGCGCCCUCGAGCCCCGCCCGCCGGAGUGGCGUCGGCCACUUCUACUUCAGCGCGCCUACGAGCCCGAGCCGAGUUCACUCGGCCGUGGUUCCCUACCUCUGGGAUGACUUCCCCGGCAAGCCCAAGACCUCCGUCUCCGUCGUCCACGACGAGGACGACGACUUCGAAUUUCAGUUCAGCGGCCCACUCACCAAGGAACUUCCGAUCUCGACGGCCGACCAGCUCUUCCACGAAGGGAAGAUCCGCCCGCUGCUGCAGCUGUCGGAGAGCUCCAUCCCGCCGUCGCCGCGGUCACCCCGAAGGACGUCGAUGGACCAGGGGAAGCGAAUCCAGAGAGGAGACAAUUCCGGCCGGUUCUCUGCGGCGAACGAUGAGAGCCGGAAGCCGGCCGGCCGGAAGGAGCGUGGUAGGAGGACGCGUUCCCUGUCGCCGCUGAGGAACGAGUUUUUCGGCGACAGCUGCGUCGGGGAGGACCAGGAGGGGCUGAAGCCUUCUCCGUCGAAGGGGAGCAAGAGGUGGAGCAUCAGGGACCUGCUGUUCAGGAGCGCGUCGGAGGGGCGAGCGAAGAAGUCGUCGGACUCGAAGAACUCGAGCUUCCGGUCGACGGAGGUGGCCAGCAGGGGAGGUAGCGGGAGGAGGUCGUCGGCGCACGAGCUGCACUACGCGGCCAACCGGGCGCUGUCGGAGGAGCUGAAGAAGCGGACCUUCCUGCCAUACCGGAGGGGCGUGCUGGGCUGCCUCGGGUUCGGGACCGGCUCGUUUGGAAUUGGUGGGCUUUUUACUCCAUUCAGCCGUCAGGGGUGAGAUGAGCCAUUCACCUCUCUGUCUCUCUGUGUCUCCCUCCCCAAAAAGAAAAACAGGAAAGGGAGCUUCUUUGCUUUUAAGGGAGGGAGAUUUGUUCCGUAAGCUCAAAAACUGAAAUGUAAAAAACACGAUAGUUUCAUGUGUAGAGAAAGUAGCACAAUUCAUUUUCUUACAUGGGGUGGAAGAUGUUGGUUUUGGUUAUUUUUGUUGGUAAAGUUCGUUUACGUAGGCUUACGAGCUCAGUAAAUUUUAGAGCUCCAAAUUUUUUUGAUGUAAAUGAUCGUCGGACGACAAUUUGUUGAAUUUGUUUGUAAUAAUGUUUGAACGUUCAACCCUUUGCUCUCUCUUUCCCUCUC